AUGGCCACUGAACCCGAAUUUCAACAAGCUUACCAAGAAAUCGUCACUGCUUUGCAGGACUCCACUUUGUUCGAAAAGCACCCUAAAUACCAGAAAGUGCUACCAGUCGUUUCCAUCCCAGAGAGAAUCAUCCAGUUCAGAGUCACGUGGGAGAACGACAAGGGCGAGCAAGAGGUCGCCUCCGGUUACAGAGUCCAAUACAACUCUGCUAAGGGUCCAUACAAAGGUGGUCUACGUUUCCACCCAUCUGUUAACCUGUCGAUCUUGAAGUUUCUAGGUUUUGAACAAAUCUUCAAGAACGCUCUUACUGGGCUUGACAUGGGUGGUGCUAAAGGUGGUCUAUGUGUUGACUUGAAGGGCAGAUCCGAUAACGAAAUUAGAAGAAUCUGUUACGCCUUCAUGAAGGAACUGUCCCGUCACAUCGGUCAAGACACAGAUGUCCCAGCUGGUGACAUCGGUGUUGGUGGUCGUGAGGUCGGUUUCCUAUUCGGUGCCUUCAAAUCUUACAGAAACUCCUGGGAAGGUGUCUUGACCGGUAAAGGUUUGAACUGGGGGGGGUCCCUGAUUAGACCAGAAGCUACCGGUUAUGGGUGUGUCUACUUCACACAGGCCAUGAUCGACUACGCCACAAAGGGUAAGGAGUCCUUUGCUGGUAAGAGAGUCGCCAUUUCCGGGUCCGGGAACGUCGCCCAGUUCGCCGCUUUGAAAGUUAUCGAGCUAGGUGGUGUCGUCGUCUCUUUGUCGGACUCCCAAGGUUGUAUCAUCUCCGAGAACGGUAUUACCGCUGAACAAGUCGCUGCAAUCGCCGAGGCCAAGAUUAAGUUCCAAUCCUUGGAGCAAAUCGUCGGCGAUUACUCCGCCUUCGCCGAAAACAAAGUCAAGUACUUGGCCGGUGCCAGACCAUGGGUCAACGCUGGUCCAGUCGACAUCGCACUACCAUGUGCCACGCAGAACGAAGUAUCUGGUGACGAGGCCAAGGGUUUGGUCGCCGCCGGUGUCAAGUUCGUCGCCGAAGGUUCCAACAUGGGCUGUACCCCAGACGCCAUCCACGUCUUUGAAACUGCCCGUUCCACCGCCAAGUCGUCAUCGGAAGCCGUCUGGUACGCUGUCGGUAAGGCCUCCAACUGUGGUGGUGUUGCCUGUUCCGGUCUAGAGAUGGCCCAGAACUCGCAAAGAGUCAGAUGGACCAGAGAAACCGUCGACAAAGAAUUGAAGAAGAUCAUGAUCAACUGUUUCAACGAGUGUGUCGGCGCCGCACAAGAGUACUCCUCCGAGGAAAACAAGAACGCCCUACCAUCCAUCGUCAAGGGUGCCAACAUCGCCGGUUUCGUUAAAGUCGCCGACGCCAUGUUUGACCAAGGUGACGUCUUCUAA